UAUUGCUAAACAACUGGGAGACAAAGCAGGCGAGCAACGUGCCUACGGCCAUCUUUUCUGGAGUAGUUACGAGUUGGGUGACCUCAAUCAAGCCAUAGAGUAUCUCAGGCAACAUCUUAACAUUGCUAAACAACUGAGAGACAGGGCAGACGAAGGACGUGCCUGCCACAAUCUUGGCUCCGUUUAUCAGAAGCUGGGUGAUUUCAGUCAAGCCAUAAAGUACCACAAACAACAUCUUAGUAUUGCCAAAGAACUCGGAGACAGGGCAGAACUGGGAGACAGGGCAGACGAGGGAAGUGCCUACCACAAUCUUGGCUUGGCUACUUAUGAGCUGGGCGACUUCAAUCAAGCCAUAGAGUACCUCAGGCAACAUCUUAAUAUUGCUAAAGAGCUGGGAGACAGGGCAGGCGAGGGAUAUGCCGACCACAAUCUUGGCUUGGUUACUUUCGAGCUGGGCGACUUCAAUCAUUCCAUAGAGUACUUCAGGCAACAUCUUAAUAUUGCUAAAGAGCUGGGAGACAGGGCAGGCGAGGGAUAUGCCGACCACAAUCUUGGCUCAGCUUAUGAAAAGAUGGCCAUAGAGUAUCUCAGGCAACAUCUUAACAUUGCUAAACAACUGAGAGACAGGGCAGACGAAGGACGUGCCUGCCACAAUCUUGGCUCCGUUUAUCAGAAGCUGGGUGAUUUCAGUCAAGCCAUAAAGUACCACAAACAACAUCUUAGUAUUGCCAAAGAACUCGGAGACAGGGCAGAACUGGGAGACAAAGCAGGCGAGGGACGUGCCUACGACCAUCUUGCCUCGGCUAGUUAUAAGCUGGGUGACUUCAAUAAAGCCAUAGAGUACCUCAGGCAACAUCUUAAUAUUGCUAAACAACUGGGAGACAGGGCAGACGAGGGACAUGCCCACAACAAUCUUGGCUCCGCUUAUCACAAGAUGGAGUACCACAAACAACAUCUUAGAAUUGCUAAGGAGCUGGGCGACAGGCCAGGCGAGGGACAUGCCUACAACAGUCUUGGCUCGGCUACUUAUGAGCUGGGCGACUUAAAUCAAGCCAUAGAGUACCACAAAGAACAUCUUAGUAUUGCCAAAGAACUAGCAGACAGGGCAGGCGAGAAACGUGCCGACCACAAUCUUGGCGCAGCAUAUCACAAGAUGGGUGAUUUCAAUAAAGCCAUAGACUACCACAAGCAGCAUCUUAGAAUUGCUAAGGAGCUGGGAGACAGGCCAGGCGAGGGACAUGCCUACAACAGUCUUGGCUCGGCUACUUAUGAGCUGGGUGACUUCAAUCAAGCCAUAGAGUACAUAAGGCAACAUCUCAAUAUUGCUAAACAACUGGGAGACAGGGCAGACGAGGGACGAGCCUACUACAAUCUUGGCUCCGCUUAUCACAAGAUUGGUGAUUUCAGUCAAGCCAUAAAGUACCACAAACAACAUCUCAGUAUUGCUAAAGAACUGGGAGACAGGGCAGGCGAGGGAAGUGCCUACAAAAAUCUUGGCUUGGCUACUUAUGAGCUGGACGACUUCAAUCAAGCCAUAGAGUAUCUCAGGCAACAUCUUAAUAUUGCUAAAGAGCUAGGAGACAGGGCAGGCGAGGGAAGUGCCGACCACGAUCUUGGCUCAGUUCAUCACAAGAUGGGUGAUUUCAAUCAAGCCAUAGAGUACCACAAACAACAUCUUAGUAUUGCUAAAGAACUGGGAGACAGGGCAGGCGAGGGAAGUGCCGACAACAAUCUUGGCUUAGCUUAUCACAAGAUGGGUGAUUUCAAUCCAGCCAUAGAGUACCACAAACAACAUCUUAGUAUUGCCAAAGAACUGGAAGACAGGGCAGGCGAGGGAAGUGCCUACAACAAUCUUGGCUUGGUUACUUAUGAGCUGGGCGAUUUCAAUCAUUCCAUAGAGUACCUCAGGCAACAUCUUAAUAUUGCCAAAGAGCUGGGAGACAGGGCAGGCGAGGGAAGUGCCGACCACAAUCUUGGCUCAGCUUAUCACGAGAUGGGUGAUUUCAAUCAAGCCAUAGAGUACCACAAACAACAUCUUAGUAUUGCCAAAGAACUGGGAGACAGGGCAGGCGAGGUAAAUGCCUACCACAAUCUUGGCUUGGCUAGUUAUGACCUGGGUGACUUCAAUCAAGCCAUAGAGUACCUCAGGCAACAUCUUAAUAUUGUUAAAGAACUGGGAGACAGGGCAGGCGAGGGAAGGACCUACCACAAUCUUGGCUCGGCUUAUGACGAGCUGGGUGAUUUCAAUCAGGCCAUAAAGUACCACAAACACCAUCUCAGUAUUGCUAAGGAACUGGGAGAUAGGGCAGACGAGUACCGUGCCUACCACAAUCUUGGCUCGGCUUAUGACAAGCUGGGUGAUUUCAAUCAAGCCAUAGAAUACCACAAACAACAUCUUAGUAUUGCUAAACAUCUGGGAGACAAAGCAGGCGAGGGACGUACCUACAACCAACUUUUCUCUGCUAGUUAUGGGCUGGGUGACCUCAAUCAAGCCAUAAAGUACCUCAGGAAAUGUCUUAAUAUUGUUAGAGAGCUGGGAGAUAAGGCAGGCGAGGGAAGUGCUUACAACAAUCUUGGCUUCGCUUAUGGGACGCUGGGUGACUUCAAUCGAGCCAUAGAGUACCUCAGCAAAAGUCUUAAUCUUGUUAGAGAGCUGGGAAAUAAGGCAGGCGAGGGAGUGAUCUACAACAACCUUAGCUCGGCUCAUCAGAAGCUGGGUGAUUUCAAUCGAGCCAUAGAGUACCUCAGGCAACAUCUUAGUAUUCCUAAAGAACCGGAAGACAGGACAGAGGAGGAGUGUGCCUUUUGCCUGCUUGGUGAGGCUUAUCACGACUUGGGUGAUUUUAAUCUUGCCAUAGAGAACGCCAGAAAAUGUCUAAGUAUUGCUAGAAAACCGCUAGUAAGGUCAAACGCUUUAAAAGUUGUUGGUAAAAGUUAUAUGUCAAUGGGCAAAUUGUUUCAAGCCAUGCAGUUUUUCCAGGAUUACCUUAAAAUCGCUAAACGCAUAGGAGACAGGAAAAACGAGCUUGAAGCCUAUGUCCUUAUUGGAACUGUUAAUGCUCGACGGGAUGAUUUUAACCAGGCAACAGAGUAUCUUGAGAAAGCGCUUACCAUGGCCAAAGAACUGAGAGACCAGGAAAUGGAGGCAAUGGUCUACGCCAGUUUUGUGGAAGUUCUUCGUAAACAGGGUGACUUUGAACGAGCCAUCGAGUACAACAAGAAAUGUCUUAAUAUGGUUCAGAAAUCGGGGCAGAGAAUAAUCGUGGGAAAUUAUUUAGCCAAUUUAGGUCGUACUUAUGAAAGCUCUGGAGACUUGCAUCAAGCGGUUGAUUAUUAUCAACGCAGUACUAAACUUUUCAAUGAGUUGAGAGUUCUGCAAGUUGACGAUGCGUUAAAAGUAAUCUUCCGCAAUGCACGUCAAGACAUUUACCAGUCACUCUGCAGAACCUUGCUUAAGCUGUCAAAAUUCGACGAGGCAUUGUGUGCUGCGGACCAAGGACGAGCCGAGGCCUUGUUGGAUCUCAUCAAACUACGAUAUGGAUCCCAACUGGCAGUUUCUGGAUCAGUUCAGGCUAAACCAGGGAUCUCCGAAAUGGUCACUAAUAUCUCUGGUCCGACGCUUUUUGUUGCACUAUUAGGAAACGCAGUUAACCUGUGGGUAAUCGGGAAAGACAGGAAUGUACAGUUUACAAAGAAAGAAGUGAAAUAUCUCCUUGGAGAUGCGACCGACUAUUUGAAUUGCUUAAGGAAGAAGGCGUACAAGGAAAUUCGAGGAAGAUUCAGGGUAAUCUGCGAAAACCGCACAUUAGACGGGUCAAGUACCGAACAAGAAUUGCCACCCGCCGAGGAAAGAGGUGAGGAAACAGGAAACCCAUUACAGUCUGACGAGAAUCCUCUGCGUCUCUUUCAUGAGUGCAUCAUAAGUCCUAUUUCAGAUUUGAUCGAAGAUGGCGAGUUGGUUGUCGUUCCUGAUGGUCCACUGUGCCUCGCCCCUUUUGCUGCAUUUUUGGAUUCCGAAUCAAAGUACCUCAGUGAGUCCAUGAGGAUACGCAUUCUUCCGUCAUUGAUGUGUAUGAAACUGAUCAACGCUUCUCCCAAAGAAUAUCACAACAAGAGUGGGGCGUUGCUCGUAGGAGAUCCAUGUCUAAAAGACUUUACCACCUUGCUCGGAGAGAAUAGAUAUCCGCCCUUGCCCUGGGCCAAAAAGGAAGUGGAGAUGAUCGGAGCGAUGCUUGGUAUCCACCCACUCACAGGAAAAGAGGCAACCAAGGCUGAGGUGCUAAAGAGAAUCGGUUCGGUUGCUUUGGUGCACAUUGCUGCGCACGGAGAAAUGAAGACUGGGGAAAUUGCAUUGGCUCCAAAUCCAGAACGAAAAUACGUCAGACCAGAAGAACAAGAUUUCAUGCUAACAAUUUCCGAUGUGCAAGCAGCGAAGUUACGUGCAAAGCUUGUUGUGUUAAGUUGUUGUCACAGUGCCCAAGGCAAGGUGUCAAGUGAGGGUGUGGUCGGCAUUGCACGGGCUUUCAUUGGUGCUGGUGCUCGUUCUGUUCUGGUCGCACUCUGGUCAAUUGAUGACGAGGCUACCAUGGAGUUUAUGAGAAGCUUUUACCAACAUCUGAAGGAUGGAAACAGCGCCAGCGUGUCACUCAACCGGGCGAUGAAAUGUCUGCGAGAAUCAGAAGACUUUAAUGCCCCGCGGUUCUGGGCUCCGUUUGUACUCAUUGGUGAUGACGUCACAAUCGAUUUUAAAGAAAUCAACAAUGAAUCAUCACAAGAAGAACAAGUAUCACUGGCGGAAGUUAAGGAUCAAGAAAAACUGGAACAGGCGCCAUAA